AUGAGGACUAAGGAGAUCAUCUAUCCCUUAUUGGAUGCAGUGGGAAACAUAGUGUUCUGGGAUGAGGAGAAGCCUGAGGCACUUAAUGGCUUCUUUGCCUCAGUCUUUAGUCACAGGUCCAGUUGUUUGCUGGGCACCCAGUCCCCUGAAUUGGCAGACAAGGAUGGGGAGCAGUUUGAGAUCCCUACAAUCCAAGAGGGGAUGCAAGCUGCUGCACCACUUAGACAUGUGCAAAUCUAUGGGGACAGAUCGGAUACACCCAAGGGGAAGGUUAUGCACCAGACCAUCCUGAGUGCCAUUAUGCAGGACAGCCAGGUGAUCAGACCCAGUCAGCAUGGGUUUAUGAAAGGCAGGUCUUUCCUGACAAACCAUAUCUUCUAUGAAAAGAAGCCUGCACUAUUGGGUGACUAUGGAAAUAGUUACAAACUCACAUUUGGAUAUGGGACAAGACUCCUGGUUUCCCCAGAUAUUACUCCAUCUCCUUCAGUCUACAGGCUGACCUCUAAAGAUGAUGAGGAUUUGGAAAUGUGCCUUAUCACAGAUUACUCCCCUGAAAGCCUUACUCUUAACUCAGCUGAUAAGCAGACAAGUGCUAUUGUGGAGGUGGCAACAUCUGAGAACAAACAGGAAGCAAGCUACCUGUCAACCUACUGGGCCAAGAAAGAUGAAAUGCAGUGUGGUGCAAAUCAUGAGGGCUUUGGAGAACUAGAGGGCGAGGACCCUGAAAGUGGUACUAGCAGUGUAUGUGUUACAGGGGUGUCUCUACACUUCAGGACAGAUGAAAACCUGAACAUACUGUCUUUAUCACAGCUGGGCCUUAAGAUAGUUUUAAUGAAAGGAAUAAUUUUUAAUGUGCUGAUGACGAUGCUUAUGUGGAAAAAAAAAUGUGAGCAGGGACCAGUGCAUGGUCUUUAUAAGCAGAGCUUGACGAUAUCUACAGACUUGUGGAAACUUGUUCAGACGUGGGAGUAG